GUAAUGGUUGGAAGAGUUUUGUAGGAAAACUUGCAUGCUAAUUGUUGGCUUAUUUCUUUGGAUCAUGAAGAUGGCCGGGAUCGGUAAGUCUCUGUGGCACAUGGUGAUGGUGGUUUCUUCUGCCUGCUCCUCCCUUCUCUGCAACCUCCAUUUGUGGUUUCCCAAUUCUGGUGUCACUCUCUCUUUUAGUUCAUAUGAGUGAUUUAUGUUAUCAGCUUGGGAUAGUAACAAUAUAAUAUUGGAUGUAUAGUUUUGCAGUCCAAGGUUGACAGAGCCGGAUAUACUGUGCCAGGAUUUCAUGUAUCAUGAUGUCAAGGUGUGCAGACAUCAAAGCCAGCAGAAGUAAAGUUGGAGUCUGGAUUAGAAACAGCACAGACAAUUAUUAUUGCAAGUUACGACAACGCUUCUUUGCUGUUUGCUGAUUCUUAACCUUGCUGCUUCUGGUGGAAGCUAAGAAUACAUGAUGAGUGAAGACCCAGAUUAUAUAUAGGCAUCAGAACAAUCUGCUAAUCCAGCUUAGAUGAUUGUGGAUAGCUGGCAGAUCUCUUUCUAAAAUAAAUUUAAAGAAGAUUGACAGGCAGAUCAAUUUGCAGCUUCGGAGCCAUAGUCUGAGAGUUCAUUGGAAUCUGUCGUCGACCGACCGUGCCCAGUGGAUGAUAUCCAGUGUGUCCUCCACUGAAGUGGCACCAAGGCAACUCCACCACCUCCUGUUUCAUCUCCCUCAAGACCUCCAGAAAGACUUUGAUGCCGCAUGGGAGCUCAAUAGGUCCAGUGUUGGGAGUACCCAAACUCCAUCUUCGCUGCUUAAAGCUGCAUCCUGAAGAGAGGGUGGUUCGCACUCUGUUCGGAUCACAAACUGCUCCCGCUCCCUCUCAUGGCCGAUGAACACAGUGAAGCACCCCUCCUUUCGUUGGCUCACUAUAUAUUGGCAUCACUCCAAGGUCUUCAGUAUCAGGCCCUUUGGCCUCUUCUCUUUGCCAUUUCCGAGCUUCCCCAUGCAAAGCUUCAUACAAAGAAUGCACUACUGUGAUAUGGGCAAUAUAUGAGAAGUUUGUGACUGACCAAAUGAGCUUAUGUGAUCAACCUGUCACAAACUUGAUGAAACAUGACACUGGCUCUUGGGACUCUCAGGUUACACGUAAUUUCUGUAGUGGAUCAAGUGGCAUAGUGAUGAAGCAGAUGAAGCAUAGGUUGUGAUGAGGAUUUGUCUCAAUAGAUGGAAACCAAGCUGAUAGAAGAAGAUGGUGACCAAGAGAUGUCAGUGGCACUAUAUAUAGAAGGGGAGGAGGCAAGUGCAGGAAGCGUUGGCUGUGCUGUUCAUCACAAUUGCGUCCAUUUCGGGAGAUGCAUGGUGUUACGGUCAAUAACUGUUCAGCCGUAGCCUUGGGGUCGUCACGGCUUGGUCCGGGUUCGGAAGGCGGUGGUCAACGGGUGGGGGAGCUCCUCGAGCCCGCUGGAUCUCCGAAGGCGUUGAUCCCCGAAGGCUUCUCACCUGCACAAAGGUCGGGUCGGGGUACUCGGCCCGACCCCUCCGACGAUCAAGUUAGAAAGAUGUGGAGGGGGUGAAGGAGGAGGAAAAGCCCUCCCUCUCUUUAGUGUGUUGAGAGUGUCCCUAUCUCUUAUGAGUUCGGGUGUAUUUAUAGAUGGAUUUAGCGUUACCUGACUUGACCACCUGUUGGAGUGAGGGGGUACCUCUGAUGGCGUCUGACGCAGCCGCUGGGGUCGCGUGGUGGAGCGGUUCGUAGCAGGGUAUGGGCGGGGGUCAGGUCAUUGUCCUGCCUCGCCGUGGUCAACCAUGCGGGGUCGGAGGUCGCCGUUCAACAGCGGGCGUUGUCAGGGCGGGUUUGGUCAGCGUUAUUGCCUUUCUGGGGGCUGUCGUCACGGCGCGUCAUCCGACCAUUAUUUUCCCUAUCAUAUCCCCCCCCCCAAAGAGGAGCCAUGCGUCGGUGGUGACGGGGGAAGGGAGCUCGAGGCAUGGCUGUGUCUCUUCGAGUCGAGGUGGUCUUGGGUGGCAGGCGGUUCAGUUCGUUCUGCCCUGAUGGGGUUUCGGGUGUGCCGACUGUACUGGUGGUGACCUCGAGCGUUACGCGACCGGGGAGGCCUCGGCCGUUACGCGACCGAGGAGGUGGCCUCGGGCAUUACGCGACCGAGGGGGCCUCGGGCAUUACGCGACCGAGGAGGUGGCCUCGGGCAUUACGCGACCGAGGGGGCCUCGGGCAUUACGCGACCGAGGAGGUGGCCUCGGGCAUUACGCGACCGAGGAGGUGGCCUCGGGCAUUACGCGACCGAGGGGGCCUCGGGCAUUACGCGACCGAGGAGGCCUCGGGCAUUACGCGACCGAGAAGGUGGCCUCGGGCAUUACGCGACCGAGGGGGCCUCGGGCAUUACGCGACCGAGGAGGCCUCGGGCAUUACGCGACCGAGGAGGUGGCCUCGGGCAUUAUGCGACCGAGGAGGCCUCGGGCAUUACGCGACCGAGGAGGUGGACCCAGGCGGGUUGCGCCGGCUUUUUCUCUAGGGAAGGUCAAGGAGCCCGUUCCCUUUCGGUGUCCGCCGGGUUUCGAGCCUGAUAUGAUUAGGGCUAAGUGUGAUUUAAUGCAUUUAAGUUCGUCUCGAUUACCGUCCCCGAGGCUGGUAUGGUGAAUGCCUUGAUGCCCGCGUUGCGCCGUAGCCCUCUGCUAUGUCAGGCCGCAUUUAUUGCGAGGAGGCACCCUUUUUUCCCCCUGCAGCGGUCUUCGGGAGACGAAGGGUCGCCGCCUUCGGAGGGAUGCGGCCGGCUUAUAAGAAGCGUGAGGCAGGCUGUAGGGGAAACAUCUUUUCCUCCGAGCGCGUCGUACUGUCUUGUGUCUCCUCGCCCUGUCCGUGCCUACUGUCCUUCCUCUCCUUGCCGAAGGUCAGUAAGAAUGGCGUCCUCUUCUUCCUGCUCAUCUUCUUCUUCAUCAAAAGCCGGCGGGGCGGCGGCUUCAUCCGAUCAUACGUCGUCGUCGGACGAGAAGGGGACCAAGGCCCUUGAGGCCUUGAUGUGGCCCCACGAUCAUGACUCCACCGUGGGUGAGUCAACGCUGAGUCUCCUCCGGGAUUGCUAUGGUGUUCCGGAGGAGUUCGUUCUUCAAGCUCCCGAGCCUGGCCAACGUGCAUACGACCCAAUCCCUAGGGGUUUUGCCCUUACCCUUGACGCUUUCGAGGCCGGGCUACGCCUCCCUCUACACCCUGUCAUAGUUUCCUGCCUUUCCUGGUGGCGUAUCUCCUAGUCUCAGAUGGCGCCGAACUCGUGGCGCUAUCUGGUGGCGUUUUUAGGCGAGUGCCAUUAUGCCGACAUACCCCCGACUCGUGCCCUCUUCCUCUCCUGCUUUCGUCUCUCCAAGGGGUCGGGGGGUUACUAUCUGUCCGCCCGAGCGGGUUUCAGGGUGAGCGGGGCCCCUUCCAGCAAUAAGGGGUGGAAAGAGCGCUUCUUUUUCGUCAGUCGCUCGGAAGACUGGGGGUUCGGCGUCCGUUGGGGGGCGCGUGUGAUAGACAACACCACCCCGGUUUUAGAUGACAAUGAGCGCCUGGGGCUUCGGCGGCUCAGAGAAAUCCUCCCGUCCUCCCAAGCCAUCCGGAGCAUGUCGGAGCGGUGGUUAGUGGAGGCGGGACUUAGCCCGGCACCUCUAGGUACGCUCCGAGGAGCGGUUCCCUUGGGGGUUUCCUUUCCUUAUCCUGGCGUGUUGUCGCUUGACUGACAGUCCUUCUAAUUCUUCUUGACAGACAUGGUGCGUCUCGAGGCUUUGCGUGGGGGGAAGACUGCUGCCGCGUCGGGCCGCUCGCCUUCCGUCGCCAAGGUGGGCACGAGGGAGGCUCCCGUGGACGUCGAGGCGAGCCGGUCUCGGAAGAGGGCGCGGACGCCGUCAAGCGGGGCUCUCGAGGUGGUUGCCACUCCGGCAACGGAAGCCGCGGUGGCGCCGGCAGUGGAGAGUGCCGCUGGAGGCCUCGGAGGGGGCGAGGCCGGUCCGAGCGGAGGCACGGCGGCGGAGGCGGCUCGCCAACCUUCUGUCCGUGAGCUUCUCUGCCUUCCGCUAAGGGAGGAUGAGCCGUACCUGAUGCGGGAGGUGGGUGCUCUCCCCCGCGGUAUGGCCACCGAUCCUCUAGUGGCCCGGUGGGAUGGCUUUACCCGGGGCACCCGGGUGUGGGCCGACGGAGAUAGCGCGGGCAGGUUCAUCCGUGGCGGGCUCCAUCCUGACAUAGCCCGGGACCUGUACUCCCUGCCAUCCGGCGCUCUGCUCAGCAAGGCAGCGAAGUCCUUGUUGUGGGGCAACCACUAUGCCGCCGCUUUGAUGGACCGCGUUCGAGACGCGGGACAAGUCAUCGCCGCCUUGAGCUGCCGCAACGUCGAGCUUCGGCGGCAAGCGGACGAGGCCCGGGCCGGGGCUGGCCCCGAGGCAGUGGCCGCUGCUGAGCAACGUGCCUUGGGCUUGGAGGCCGAGGUGGCGCGGCUGACUUCGGAGCUCCAGGCAUCCUCCGAGCGACUCGCGGAGUUGCAGACGCAGCUGGAGGCGUCCGAGGCAUGCAACGCGGAGUCGCAGGCUCACCUGAGGGCGGCAAUGGUGGAGUCCCGCUCGGCGAGGUCCGACUCCGUCGAGCUGAUUCGACGCCUGGAGGAGGCGCGGGCCGAGGCGUCGGGGGCUACCGAGGCCCUGGAGGCCGAGAUCCGCCAACGGCCGGCAAAGGACAAGAAGCUGGUCGAGGACUACAAGGCUUCCUCGGGCUUUCAGCUAGGCCUUGUCCGGACCGGGCGGGUCUCGUAUGAGUAUGGAUAUCGGGUUGCCCUUGCCCGCUUCAAGGCACGCAACCCCGACUCGGAGGUCGUGGAGGAUCCCUUCGGCUCCUUCCCUGAAGAUCUGGGCGUCGACAUGCCGGCAGAUGUUCCUUUUGAUGAUAGCCCCGACGCCCCUGAGGACUGAUGUCCUUUGUAUUUUUUCCUUUUUUUUUUUUUUUUUGUAACACCCCCUUUGCUUUCGAAUGAAUAUGAUCUAUCUUCUUUCUCAAUGGUUUAUAACCGGCCGAGCCUUAUGGAAAGAACUUUUUGAGAUUUUGUGCAUUCCAGGUCCUCGGCAGGGACUGGCCUUCCAUUGUG